AUGUACAACCGGAGCUGCCAUUUCGACGCAAACGACUUACAAAUUACAUUCCUUGUACUGUCCCGCCACACAGUAGAUUUAGUAAGAUUGAUAGAAGACUUUUUGUCUAACAAAGGCCAGCAAGUUGUUGUUAAUGGCGAUACUUCGAAAUGGAAUCUUGUCACCAGCGGAAUACCACAGGGCGUUGUACUUGGACCGUCGCUGUUUGUUCUGCACAUUAAUAACAUCCCAUGCCAUAGAUUCGAAUGCCCUGUAUGCCGUUGGUACAAAAUUUCAUAAAGCCGGGACAAUGAUGUAACAGUAUCACGAGGGCUUCUGUCGAUAACAAAAGAUAAAAGGACCACGAGACAUUCUCUCAGACUGGACAAAUCAAUUCAUUUAUUACUCAACGAACUGUUAGCAAUUCGGAUUCCUUACCUGAUAACGAUAACAACAACAACAACAAACUUAUAUUUUAUGUUCAAAUAUACAUGAAUUAUGAUCUGAAUAUAGAGGCAGUUAUUGCCUGCUUUCAGAAUACACCAAGUUAAACUGAGUUAAAUAUACAACUAUAUAUACAGUGUGCUUAGCGUGAUCAAUCAAUUUCGUCCAGACCGACCUUAGAUUUCAUUGGUUGUUACAAUAGAGAAAAACGUUCGCACGGGACGGAUAUCAUAUGACAAAAGCUCUGUAGUCUACAUUGUCAACGUCAAACAGUUUAAAUACCUACAGUCUCGCUUGCAAACUUUUUUAUCUCGGACAUAGAAAAAGCACCUAUACACAAGCAAAAUUAAACGAUUUUCGUGAGAUCAUCUACAAAGUGAACGAUAUAAUUUAGGAUUUUACCUGUCUGGAAGAACUACUUACUAAAGGAAGAUUUUACUUAGGGAGAAAGGCUUACCUAUCUUCAUACUGUAUAUAUCUACAAAGGAAGGUUGUUGUAAUUAAGAUCCUAGAUCCUGUCCGCCAUGGGUUGUUUUGCGACGUGUGGAAAAAUCUUGCUAGUUGUAGUGAACUUAUUUUUCUUGGUGAUUGGUCUAGUGCUCUUCGUGGCGGGAUUUUUCUGUAAAUUCGGAAAUGACACCUUGAAGACGUACUACGAGGGGGCCUUGGACAGCCUUUCCGGCAGUCUGUCUAGUUCUGGUUUUGGAACAGUCGACCUAUCAUCCUUUGACAUCACCGAAAUAAUUGGAACUCUUGGUAUAGCAUUUAUUGUGUCCGGGACGAUUUUGCUGAUAAUUACGGUAUUCGGAUUUGUCGGAGCAUGUUGUAAGGUCAAAUGCAUGCUCAUUGGCUAUUGCAUACUCGUUACAUUGGUUGUGAUAGCGGAAGUAGUAUUCUUCGGAAUCCUUUUCGGAAACAAGGAAAUAAUCACAGAUGAAAUCAAACCGUCCUUGAAAUCGUCCAUCCAGUCUGACUAUCAGGGACUUAACGGUACAAAUGCGAUCUCGCUGGCUUGGAACUUUGUCCAUAUUCAGGUGAAAUGCUGUGGAGUCGACAAUUACCAGGAUUUUACCGGGGCGACACAGUGGAUCACACAGUACCCCUCCUAUACAAUCCAAACACCGUUGUCCUGCUGCAAAGAGCUGCCCUCAUCAACUGACUUCAGCUGUGCAGCUUCCCCAACCACUAGUAACAACUACAAAGAUACGAGCUGUUUUGAUAGCAUUUGGGAUUUAGCACUUGGAAAUGUGGGUCUGAUGGCUGGGAUAUUUGCAGGGAUGGGACUUUUCCAGAUAAUGCUAAUAGUGUUUGGUAUCUGUGUGCUGAAGGACGGACGAAAGAAUCGAGUCAGCAGUUCAACACCACACGGUCAGCACGCUCGUAACAGAAACAGAUGGGACGAAUAGGAAAAUAUUGGAGAUUGGAGAUCCAGAAAUAUUUUUAAAUGAAGAUUUAUGUCAAUUAGGAUUUUGGUACACAAUGUUUAUAUACGUGACGUUUCGAUGACUAGUACGGUAUGUACAUUGUCAUCUUCAUCAAUCAAAUGACCAGGGUACAUGUACCUUGUGUACACAGAGGGGUCAAAGGUGAACGAAUUUGAAGAUAUUGUUGGAUAACAUUUGGACUGAAUACUUGUAAAUUUAAUAUAGAUACAUAUAAAUGAAAAAAAGGCACGUUUGUUUAGUUACCCACAACAGUUUAAAUUGAGCUUAAUUUUAUUAUCCGUGUUUCAUUGAGUACCUGAGUACUAUAAUUGAGUUUUACAAAAUAAUUACUUUUUAUGUUUGUCUAAAAUAAGUUUUAUGUUAAGUAAUAUCUUGGUCAUAUAUGUUAUUAAGUUACAAAGUGAUAUGUUCGAAAACAGGUGAAUCACGUUUGGAUAAAAACUACUUACCUAGAUAUGUUGAACGAAAGAAUCUCGAAAAGUAAGAAAGAGGACGUGGAAAAAUAUUUAUGAAAUAAAUUAUCUUUUUUUAUUAUUAUUCUUUUACAUACAAACCUAUGUUCCUUAUAUAUUUAAAACAUUUGUUGAUGCUCCCUCUUCUAUAGGUCGCCACUACACGCAUUUACAUAUCUUGUAAAACUGCAUCGUAUUAAUUGCAAUUUAGCGAUGGGUAUUAAACGAUGUAUCGCAUUUAGAAACAAGGACAAAGUAUUCAAAAUAGCUGAAGGUAAAAACGAAACCUGACUCACAAGCCAAACAACCUUAUUUUAUGUAUAUCAAGAUUUGUAUUGGUUUUGUAAAGCUACUACGCAUUUAUACUCUCUGUAUACAGUGCAUAACACUGAUUUUAAUUGAUCGAUUACCAUCAAACAACAUAAAAUGCCGACUUUUCCCCGUUUUACUAUGAUUGGACGUAUACAGUCCCUUUAUACUGAAACUGAAUUUAUUGUACACUGUUACAAUAUACUUUGUGACCUUAUGUAUUGCAUAAUGUUACUUGGUACUUUGUAUAGUCCGGCCAGACUGACCUGUCGUGCUGAACUUUGAUUAGCAUAUUUAUAACAGACGAGUCAAUAAUUAUAUAGGGAAAUACGUGCAUUAAAUACGUGUAUAUAUGUUACAGUUUUAAAUGACAGAAAUUGUCUGUGUAUUUUUACUUUUUAAUUCUACAAUUAAUUAAUGUCAUACUUCUGGCAAUUUGACAAAUCGACUUAACAUAUCAGACAAACUUCAACGCGAUACCCCAACGUCCGGGAACAUUUACUUUUACAAAUUUGAAUUUGAUAACUUCAACUAUGAAAUGUUCUUUAAUCAACGACCGCUUCUAUUAUGUUUUCUCCUUCAAUUUUUCCUGUAUAUAAAGACACUACAGACAUAUUAAGCAUGCGACAUAGAGACCAGACUUAAUAAACCUGAUUAUAUUGCAUAUCUUGUAAGACCUUACACUGUUUGCUGUUGGUCUUCCCAAAUCACUGGUAUUUAAAUUUGUGAAUUAUUUGAAUACAAUAUGCAAUAUCGCAUUGGAGAGAUCAUUUUGAAGCCAAGUUAUUCGACGAUGUGUACACCUGCGUUAUGUACUCAAUGCACCGAAACAACAAUUAACAGGUUGACAUACCUUUGCACAAAUAUAACUUACUUUGAAUAUUCCACGAAACGUUCAAAGUGACAGGUCAUUUUUAUCGGACUAUACAGUGUAACAUUGUACAGUGUGACUUGAUACUGUUUACAAUAUAACUUCACACUUUGUUCAUUGCAACUUGAUACAUUGUAGCCAUUGUACAAUGUAAUUUAAGAUAAUGUACAUUGUAACUUAAUGCACUGUCCAUUGUAAUAUUAUAGCUUUUACGUUGUAAUUGCAUAACUUGUAACUGGCAAUAUUCACGAGAAUACAAUAACUUGUUUAAAGCGUAAUCGGAUUCUGAUAUGCAUUUUCCCUGCGCGUAUAUUUUUUGGUGUAUGGUCAUGAGUGUGAUCGAUUUCUUUGUGUUAAAUUUUACACAAUAUCAAUGCAAGUUCUAUCAAAUGUAUUUGAAAUUUUGAUUCCAGUAAAUUUGAAUUUAACGAUGGUCUUACUUCAGUAAAAUACAGUUAGCAUAUAAAGUAGAACAUCGUUAUCUCGAGGUGAAUUGGAUGGUAGAAAGUUCGAGAUAUCCAGUGUAUUCGAGAUAACCAUUGUAUAUUCUAUAUACAAUUUUUACUAUAGGAACUGACUUGUUUUACUUCGAGCAAAGCAGAGUCUUCGAGUUCGAGGUUACGAAAUUUGAAUGUAUUUAUAGGACUUCGUUAGGAGUAUAGCGUAUAAAUUAAUGAAAGUUAACCUUCAUUUGAAAGAAGUAUACAAAUAUAUAUAAAUGAAUUGAUAACAAUGAUAAAAGAUGAAAAAGCGACGUUUUCAUGCGUAAGUAAACCUCAUGCUAAGAUGUGAUAUCAACCUCACGCCGUCCAACUCCUAUACUUCCUUACGUUUUGUUUGUUAUCAAAUUCUUUUUAAUUUAUAUAUUGCUUUAGUCCUAUCUAUAUAUACCUAUGACAUAUACCUACUAUCAAAUGAUAUAUACCUACUAUCAAAUGAUAAAUACCUAUUAUUAAAGGAUAUAUACCUAUCAAAUGUGAUCUUAUGUGAUAAAGUUUCUUUGUUAUUAAAUAUGACGGGAGCUGGUCUCGCGUCCAAGUUGUCACGUGGUCCCGACGUGACAAUAAACGUUAAUUUAUUUUAUUAUCAACUAACUUUACUCGCUAUAGUUAUCAAGCUUUAAUUUUUCUCAAUCUGACACGACGACGGUUAUUUAACCUGAUAAUGCUGGAAUCAAUGCUAAACGUAGAUUCUAAAAAAUAGAGAAAUUCUUUAAUCAUUUAUGAUCUACGAUAUCUCCCAUUAUUUAUAUUAGAAAUAAUCGUCAAUUAUAAUUGAUUUGAUUGUGGUAACUGUAUAAUUUGAAUUGAAAUGAAAAUCUGAAAAUUUCUUUCGUCUUGAAUGUUACUCAUUUUUUAAUUCAUUAUUUUCUCUGAAAAUUGGACUUAUAUUUUUCACCUGAAUAUUGUAGACCCUGCCAAUUUGAUAAAAUCUAGUUUUAGCUACAGUUUUAUUUUCUGGUCUCUUUAUAAUUAUAUGUUCAUUGUUGGAAGUUUGUCAGCCUUUUCAUCUCAUAUUCGUUUGUUAAGUCACCACAUCAUGUCAAUGAUCAAUUUUAAGUCCUCAGCGAAGGUUAUUAAGGGAUUAAUGAACCCACUGAGAAAAUUUGUUAACCGAGGACGUAAAAUUUACAAUUUAUAUUUGACUGAUGGAAGAGAAUGCAUGCUAGUAUAAAACGAUGUGUACUUUUCCAAUCCAUUAAUGGCCAUUGAAAUACAAUCACAUGUGUGCUAAGAUGUAUUCGUUAUCUUACUGUGAUUUAUCUUAUUAUUAUUAUUUGUCAAAUUUUGUUAUGUGAAAUAUAAUCUCUAUUUAUUUUUUGAAACAUGCCAUAUUAACUAAUUUAUCACGCUUGUUUUACCCGAUGGGAGCGCGAGAGAUCUUACUGUGGGAGGAAACCGGAGCCCCGGGUAAAAUCCACGUGGUUGGGAAGGUGACCCCCAUACAUUUUCACGUCCGAUCGGGGAACCCCAGACACCUAGGUGAAACGCAAGUGGUGGUUUUCGGCUGUGCAUCCCGACCAUCCGACCUCUAAGAGUAACACGUUACAUCAAUAUUCAUCGCCACAUGUCGACCGUUUAUUUUUGGCCCUAUCUAACAUAGUUUAAAAUCCCUUUUUGUUAUCCUCUCGUGUGUCGUCGAUUAUAUGUUGUUGUUAAUAAUUCACAAUAUAUUGAAUCAGUAAAGCCUACAUGAACUAUAUAUUGUGCUGGUUACAUGUUUUGUGAAUUUGAUCUCGUCCACAGAUAUUUUGUUAUUUUUGUACUGAAACAUGACAUACAAAAUGUAGAUAAUUCUUUAAUGCUUGUUAUUAUUGAUUUUUGUUAAAAAUGAAAUGUUUUUUUUUCUACUUCAAAUCCGUCCAUUGUUGAAGACCCUUAGACCUCCGUUUUGUGUUUUUCUUUGAAAGUUUAAUAUCAUUUUGUGUUUAUCGUCUAUCGGGAAUCAAAAAUUGAAUUCAACAGCUGCUUGUAUUUAAAGAUGUUAUUGUGUACGACUUUUUCGUCUUAUAUUGUUUUGUCUAGAUAUAAGUAACUUUUGUACGAUCUUGAAUUAAUCUUAAAAGAGUAGAGUCUAUAUUCAAAUAAAACUAACUCUAAACUUACUAUCUUGUCAAAGUAAUACGAGAUUUAUUAUCAAAAAUAGAUGAAUUACGAGUUUAGUAACAUAUAUGUCCAACGAUAUCUUUCUUUUAAACAAUGUGUAAAAAUAUUGUUACCACAGAGAAGUUUUACAAUAUUCAUGCCAAAGACAUGAGUGUAUUAUCUGAAUGUUAAGACCAGGUAAAAGCCAGUUUGUACACAAUAUCUAAAUCAUGAUUAUCACAACAAAUGUAUUACACGUGGUAGGUAGGUAAGACGAAGAACUGUCAAUCCUCCGAGUUAUUUAUGUUAUAUUUGUCAUAGUUUUGUUACAAAUUAUGUUAUGUUGAUUUAUGUUAUUAUAUCAUACCAUUACUGAUGUUUUUCAUGUUUUUGUUUAAUGAUAAAUAAAUAGUAAAUAGAUAAAAUAUUUAAAAAAAAAUUAAAAAAAAGAUAAAAAAUCACGAACUUUAAUAUGUAAAGCUGAAAACAGUUAAGUAUCAUCAUAAUUAUGUUGAUUUAUUUUAGUUUCCAAGUUGGGAAUGUUACAUUUGUUGAUAAUGAAGUGAAGUUCCAUUUUUUUCAAUUUUGUGAGUAGUUUGAACUAUUUUGUACGGACCUUUAUUCUAAUAUACAUUCGUUAAGUUAGAUACAUUGAACUACUGUGACAAACGCCACUAGAAACAAAUUGAAAAUUAGUUUAAUCAAUACGUUUAAAUAUUAGUGGGAAAGUAAAAGUGACCUUAGUAAUAUCAUUUACACAAACAUUAUGGAACAUGUUUCUAGGUUUGGAAGUCUGAAUGAAAAUAGACUGUGGUACAUCACAACCGGUUUAUGAUUUGAGCGUAAUGUUUUUGUGACAAGACUUUGGCAUAUCACAUCCGGUAUAUGAUAUGAACGUGAUGUUUUUUGUGACUAGACUUUGGCAUAUCACAACCGGUAUAUGAUAUGAACGUGAGGUUUUGUUGAUUAGACUUUGGCAUAUCACAACCGGUUUAUGAUUUGAACGUGAUUCUUUUGUUACUAGACACUCACUUGCAUCAGUAGAAUUACCAGUGCAGCCGCCAUGACAUCACAACAGUCAAGAGACCUCAUACGACCUUCCGAAACAUCCUUCUUCUAUGGUAUUGUUUCAAAACGAUAUAUCUUUACACGUAUAUUUAUUUUACAAUUCAUCCAAUAUCGUAAAAUUAUUUUUUUAUUAACUUCUAGAGUUUAUGUUUGUAUUAUCUUAACAUUUGUUAAGGAUUGUAAAUGAAAAUGUUUUUACACCAAUGACGAAACUAAAUGAUCAACCGAUAUAAAUCACGUGGUAAGCCAGGAUGGAAGCACGCGAUGGGUCUUACUGUGGGAGAAAGCUAACGUGAUUGGGCAGGUGACCUUAUACCUUUCCCUCUUAUUAAGGCGAAAAGACUAUGAUACAGAUUUAAAUUCACUAUUCGGCUUAUGUUGUAUCUAUAACUAAAUCCAUACAAUCAAACUUUGUUAUCUCGGAGUCAAUGAAGCCCCUAUAACAACCUGGAGAGACGCCAAGUAUUCGAGGUUACCGGGUAUAUUUACACAGAAUUCGAAUCAUCGGGACUGAAUGUUAACUUCGAGUUACUUGAGUAAGCAGGGUAUUCGAGUUAUCAUAUUUCGAGCUGUAUUUGAAGAUUACGUUAACUAUGAUAUGUUUGAUCAAUCGGCCCGUUUGCCACAUUUUGUUAUACAUGUAUAUUGUUUAAAUACUUAUCUGGUUCCAUGAUGUUUACAUUUGUAAUUGGAUAUUUUUGCGGAAGUGCCAGCACAAAAUAUAUUGGACAUAGAUUUUUACAAUUUUACAGACAUAUGUCGUUGAAAAUAUUUGCUACAGAAUUGUCGUAUUUUUAUUUUUGACAUUUCCAAAAUACGUUUUGAAAGUGAAUCGGUUCAAACUGGUAAAAUAAAAUUCUAAAAUAUGAAAUUUAUAUAAAAUGUGAUAGACAUAAGAUCAAUAUACAUGUAUAUAUAAAGGUGUAUUUUAUAAGUUACAUCAAAUUAUAGAAAAAAACAUUCAUUACUUAACAAAAUACGUAAUUAAUUGUGAUAUUAAUCUACGAAUGAUCGUUCUGAUCAAACUUUCUAUAUCGUAAAUACUAGCUUAACUCCCGUAAUAUAACCUAACCUCAUCUAAAUGCUACAUAAGGCGUGAAAGAAGCGAGGAGUCAAGAAUGCUCAGCCAAUUGCAUCCAUGACCCUAUGCAUUUCAUAGGGUAGAAAGUUGCAGCGAAAUAGAAUAAGAUAUUUUGUUCAUACAAUAGAAGUCGCUUAUUGCUUAAAUCAUACAUCUAUAUAUAAAUAUAAUGCUGCAAAGGUUUAAAGUUUUAACUUGAUUCCUAGAAGUAUCUGGUAUUUACUAAAAAAUUAAUCAUUACGAAUGUCUUAUUUGAAAUACGAAUUCCAAAUGUUUGACUAAUAUAACUUUUGAUUUGAUGUGCUUGCAUAAUUGACAAUAAUUGUCUCCUGCUUUUCGUUUAAUAUUCGGAUUUUGUUGUUUUAACGACAUCAGUUGUUUAAUCUUAAAUAUGUAUUUGUUGACAUUAGUUUCAUUCCUUUGUUUUUGUUUUUGUUUUCAUGAAAAUUUGAAAUAUAUAUUGUUGUUUCUCACAUCCUUUACAGUGUCAUCCCGUUGUUGCUUGGGAUGGCAUUAAUCUGUUUUACACGUGCUAUGACGCUACCUACAAUAGCUUAACGUCAUCAUUUUAUGUAGCGUACGUACGUCGCAAAUUGAUGACGUCAUCAAAAUUUCGACGCCCAUUUCAUGGGACAUUAGUGAUGGCGCGCCAGUUUCACAGCAGCUUACAAAUUACUUUUUCAAGUAAUUGAGAAAAGUAAUCAAACAUCGGCCUGUUUCAGGGAUAUUUCAACCAGCAAACCUUUUGCUGGCAAUCCUAACUCUUAAACUUGGGCCGAGAUAAGCCUUUCUACGGAACAGACCAUGUAAGAUUGUAUUGUUCUCUCGCUGACUUAGCUGUAUUUAAUAUCUUAGAUUAAGCUUAAUACAUACAUGCCAUGACGUGUGAUGUUUGAUUUUCUUCUUUCUAAAAUUGAAGAUAUCUCAAUACUGAUUCAAUGUUAAAGCGGUUUAAGACGUUAAUAAAAUACAUAUAAAACGGAAACAAUAUUAAAACCACUGCAGAAUGACAAGAUUUAAAAUAAAGUGCGAAAUUUCAAUUGUAAGUAUAACUUUUUCUUUGUUAAAAGUUCCAGAUGUAUAUGGAUAUUAAAUAAUUCCCCUGUAACAACAAACUGUUCUGCUAUACAGUAUAAGAUAACCACUUGCACAAAUCAAGAUUUUAUUAUCCGGUUCCAUUAUUAGUAAUUCCUUAUUUCCGAUCUUGGUUAUAUAGACGCUUUGAAAAAAAUGUAAAUGUGGCUAUUACUUUGUGUAAAACACAAACCUAUCACAUCAACAGAAGAAGCAUUUGCAAGACGUUGAUUACUAAUAUACCAUAGAUUAUGUUUAUCAGUUCCAAUAGAUGAUGAACUCUUUUUAUUUGGUUAUACUUAUACACUGUACAAAUCAUUUGGUAAUGUAAUUGUAUACACGUACAUGUACUUUAAAACGUUUUAGUUGAGACUUACUCACAAAUUCCGUUUUCGAUCGCAUGCACCAGAACAAAGUGGGUUUGUUUGGAAAUGUGUUUUGAUGAAAGUAUAUUGUAUUUUUAACAAACUUUACGCUUGUCAUUUGCAACAAUCAUUGAGUGAAAAAAUAAAGCUUUAUAUUCUGUUA